UUGGGGAGAGAGAGCUACAUUGUAUAAGAGCAAGGAAACUACGCAAAAUGUCGGGUAAAAAUCCAUUUUUUGAUGAAGAAUCAGCAGGAGGUGGAGGAGCUGGAAGUUCAUGGAAUGACUGGGAGGAUAUUGGAAAAGAUUCGUCGGACUACGACCCGAAUAAUGAUUAUGGAUUCGAUUUACAAAGCAAGCAAAUGGAAAUUGAGAGGCGGAAAGAGAACAUGUUAUCGAGCACACACAGGUCUAUGGGAUUGAUGUACGAAGCUGAGCAGGUCGGCAAUGAAACUGCGGCGGAACUUUUACACCAAGGUGAACAACUCAAGAGAGUGGACACCAAACUGGACAAGAUGGACAAAGACCUUGAUACAUCUAAGAAACAUAUCACUUCAAUGAAAUCAAUAUUUGGAGGCAUUGUAAACUACUUCAACAAACCCAAAGCUGGCCAGCAGGAGCAGCAAGCCCCGUCACAGGGUCCUAGCAAGCUGAAGACACACAUGGAGAGGGUGGAAGCAGAGGAAGAGAUGAGAAGAGCUAACUCUGAUCAUCCUGCUCUGAAGCUCAGAGGGGUGGGUGCUUCAGAGACCAGUGCAGGUUCUUGGGGCUCAUCUUGUACAGGAGGAUUUGGAGUGGAGAAUGAUGGUGGAACGUCAAGCAGUAACGUGUGGCAGUCAGAUAGUAUGAGAGACUUUGAUAAUCAUCUCAAUUCUAAUCUAGAUGAAAUAGGCUCAGGUAUUGGUCGCCUAAAGGGACUUGCCAUGGGAUUGAAUGAUGAACUUGAGAGACAGAAUGCUGAUAUUGACAGGAUAACAGGCAAGGUAGAGAGAGUAGAUGACAAACUGGGUAAAACAGACAAAGAAGUUAAGAAGAUCCUUAGAAGGUAAUGAAGGCUGGUAUCAGGAAACUUGUCAGCCGUCUCUCCUCAGUUAGGUUCAACGAUGUGACUAUGUUAUACUUUUUUUAUCAUCAAUGUUUUGCCCCUUGAUCAUAUUUUUGUCAAUAUCCAGUCAAAAUGAAUUCUCUUGUUUCUAGAUUAUUACAUUUGCUGUUUGUGUAUCUUUCAGGGUAAAUAUUUUGUUAAUUUACCUGUUGUCAAUAUUCAAUACAGUGGGUGUUUCAUGAAAGUUACCAGCGCUGACAGUUAACUAAACUACAGAUCAGUUCUUGUCAGCCAAUCAAAUCCAAGGAUAAAACCAAAUUGUCAGAGUUGCUUACAACUCUCAUGUAACACCUCCCAGAUGUGUUCAUUUGUUGUACUCUUUCAUUUUUUAUGAUAUAUUUUGGAACUGUGCUUGAACAUUGGGAUUUUUAGAAUAUUUUUAAAUUUUAUUUUAUUGUUAUUAUUGUUGUUUUGUUGUUGUUUUAUUUUUUUCUAUUUUUUUAUGGGGAAGGGGGUCAGUGUUGGUACUUGGCAGGUAUGACUUUAUGAAUUCUUAAAUGUUUGUAAUAUUUGUUUGAAUGAAGGGUCACUUUUUCUAAGCCUGGUCACUCAAAUACGCACCAAAAGUUGUGAAAUUGUUCACCUUUCAGCCACUUACGGUUGAUAGCCAGUUUGGUUUAACAUAUCUAAUGAAAGAUUUGAUGCAUUUUUCUCAAAGCCAAUUCUAGAGGAUAUGAUUACAAGCUAUUUUUUUUAAAAGAAUAAUGCCAUGUGCUUGUCCCAUCUGGUGCAGAAAAUGGAAAAUCAAAUUGAUUCAAAAGAAUUAAAUAUAAAGUUUCUGCAUCUCUUGAACUCUAUUUGAACAUUUAUUUGGACUCUGCAUUUCAUGUAAGGUGAUCAUUAAGUCUGAUAUUAACAGAAUUCAAUCGAAUUAACCGGGAUUUAGGGUAAUUGGUUCUACUUUAUUUUCUAAAAAUUCAAAAAAAUUAAAGUGUAAUGUUUUCCCAAAGCUUAGUGCACUUUUUAUGUCAAUGUUUUAUAUUAGAGAACUAAUGUUUACAUCUUAAGGAGGUGUUUUGUGUCAAAUUUGGCCUCCCAUGCAUCUGUGUUUAUAUGAAUCUUUUAUUUGAACCAAGUAAGUUCAACUAUCAUUCAGCAUUUGGUAGAUAUUUAUAGUGGUUGAUAUAACAUUAGCCCUAGAUUUUAUUAGAUCUCUUUUAUACAUAUGGAGUGUCAGUUGCCGACUCAAUUUUCUAAGUACACAUUGGGUUAAUCCUGU